CACGGUGCAGCCAGCCGCGUCUAUUUUUCUAACUGUAAAGUACAAAAUUACCUAAAACAGCCUUUAAAGGGAAGGUUUAUGUAUUGUUUUCAUCGGGUACAUCUUUAGUUGUGCGUCUUUACUUGCGUUUGCCGACGGAAAUGAACAUUUAGUUGUCAACGAUGAACUUCCCCUUUUGUAAAGCUUCUUCUACAAUAUUUCACCCAAAAAUGCUCAGCCUACAAGAGAAAAAAAUCAGUGAGAACAUGAGUGAUCCAGAACCCUGCAAAAUAAAAGAUGAAGAUACCGAGGAACAAAGAGACCUGACAGAAGAAAAAGAGGAGAGUGAAGAAUUUAUCGAAGCCGAGGAGAAACAUGAUGUCAACAAACAAAACUCUUUGUUGAAAAGAAACGCCAAACAAUCUUUCACCUGCAUUCAGUGUGGGAAGAGGUACUCAUACAAACACAUUCUGAUACACCACAUGAGAGUUCACACUGGAGAGAAGCCGUUCAAGUGUGAUCAGUGCGGGAAGAGUUUCACACAAGAAAGACUCCUCAAGGAACACAUGAAAAUCCACACAGGAGAGAAGCCGUACACAUGUGAUCAAUGCGGGAAGAGUUUCACGCAAGCAAACACUCUUAAAUCACAUCUGCGUUCUCACUCUGGAGAAAGACCAUAUAACUGUGAUCAGUGCGGUAAAAUGUUUUCAAGCCCUGAAAACCUGAAGAAGCACUUGAAAGUUCAUUCAAAGGAAAAGCCUCAUGUUUGUUAUUUGUGUGGAAGGAGUUUUAGUCAGAUGGGUGCAUUAAAAAUACACCAGAAAAGACACAGCGGUGUGAAGGAUCACAUGUGCUUCGAUUGCGGGAAAUCCUUUAUUAGAGAUGCUGAACUGAAACAGCACCAGAAAACUCACACUGGAGAAAAACCUUACAAGUGUUCACACUGCGACAAGAGAUUCAGUCAGGCAGGACACAUGAAAAUACACGAGAGGAUCCACACUGGAGAGAAACCGUACACAUGUGAUCUGUGCGGGAAGAGUUUUGCACAUGCAAACACUCUUAAAUUACAUCUGCUUUGUCAUUCCGGGGAAAAACAGUAUAACUGUGAUCAGUGCAGUAAAACAUUUGUUUUGGCAGUAUCCCUGAAGGUCCACCUGAGAGUUCACUCAAAGGAAAAGCCUUACACGUGUUCUUUGUGUGGAAAGAGUUUUAGUCAGCCGGGUGCUUUGAAACGACACCAGAAAAUACACAGCGGCGUGAAGAACCAUGUUUGCUUUGAUUGUGGGAAGACCUUUAUUACAAAUUCUGAGCUGAAACUGCACCAGAGAAUUCACACUGGGGAAAAACCUUACAAGUGUUCACACUGCGACAAGAGAUUCAGUUGGUCAGCAUGCCUGAAAAUACAUGAAAAGAGCCACACUGGAGAGAGGCCAUAUCUCUGUCCUUCAUGUGGGAAGAGUUUUAGUAAAUUAGCUUCUCUACGCAGCCAUUCAAAAAGAAUAUGUCCAAUGCAAUAAAAGCUUCCUUCCAAAUAAAUCUAUUCUAGUCAGCUGCGACAAAUGACCGGACAAAGAACCGUCACCAAAAGUCGUCACAGUGAGAUUCAGAUCAACAUAAGAAUGCUAUAACACUUUUAAGUGAGACGUGUAUUUGAUAUAUAAGAAUAAAUCUAAAGAAUUAUAACUUGUGCUUAGAUCAUAUAGUUAUUUGGCCACUUAAAGGGUUAGUUCACCCAAAAAUUAAAAUUAAGUCAUUAUUUACUCACCCCCAUGCUGUACCAACC